AUGUGUCCGUGUCCAUGUUACAUUCAUCAAAUGGUGCUGUUCCAAAAAACACGACGGCUGGUCAAAAAGGUACACAAUGCUAUGCACUACCGAGAGAGCAGCGUGAGCGACGACGAAUUUGAAUGCUUGGCUAGUCCAGUGGGCAGCUUUGAGGUCAAGAGUGUGACACGAGAUACUCCCUCCAACGAUUACUACUGCAAAGACAUGGUUAAAUGCAUUCCUCCUAGCUAUGAUCUCGACCACCCCAACUACACCAAUCUGAACACUCCGCCAUUGACUCCAACGACUCCAUCCUACACUCUUGCUCUGACAACACACACCGUCUCAAGCACUUCUUUACCGUCCAUUGCGCCGCUGGUUUCGUCGCAAGUUGUGGACGACAACUUCCCCGUGCAGGAUUACACCAAGUGGGAGGCUCAAUAUGGCCACUCUGUCUGUCAGGACUGUCUGGUGUGUACCAGACCCUUUUGCCGGGGCGACCAGAUCCGAGAGCUGCCCUGUUCAAGCACCCUUCCCCAUAUUUUCCACUCCAGUUGUCUGUUUGACUGGCUUACACAAAGCCAUCUGAGUUGCCCUACUUGCGACAGAGAGGUCUUGUAG